UUGGUGCAACCACUGUCCAAGCAUUUAUGGAGCUAAGAAGUGAGGAUGCCCGCUGUUCCAUCAGUGCAGAGACAUGUAACACAGGCAGUGUAGAAUCAUACACGCAAUCCAGUUCAUUGGAGGGUCCUUUGGCCACGCCCCCUCAGGAUACUACCCCCUCUUCUAACCUAGCUGAGAUGAGAGAAGCUGGAGAGCGUUCUGUUAGCUCAUCAGAUCUUCAUGUCACUGAAAAAGGGAAUGACCUGUACACAUUUCCCAAAUGCGAUUCUGAACAGAUGUUAGAAAAAUUAGGACCAGCAGUUCCAGGCAGUCAGAAAAAAACCCAAGAAGGAAGAGUAAUUAAUGAAGAUGGACAACAGGCAGGGAAGCCAGAUAUGGAGAAGAAAGAAGAGAGGAAGAUAGAAGAUGAGGGGGAUAACCUGGCACAAAUAGAAGGAGAACAUGAUACUCACAGUGAGAAAGCCACCACUGGAAAGAUGAAGAAAGAGCAAGGGGAUACCACCUCAGCGUCUUUAAAUGAAGCCUCUGCUUCUGGAAACCCUCAAAAUCAACCCACCACUGAAAACACUUCUAGCCCAAUUCCAGAUUCUGGAGUUUUGGAGAAACCUCGCCAGAUACCCUCAUUCUUCAGUGGACUUAAAGGGCUAAAGAAAGACAUAGAUGAGCAGAAGAAGGGAGAAUCAACCCCAGAGCAACACAAAGGCCCUGAUCUGAUUAAGCGAAUGUCUGUUAGACGAGGACUUUUCUCUGAACAGCGUUCCAAAAAGGAGGUGAAGGGGACCUUCCUUGAGCAGCUCUCCCAGCUCCUAAGCUUUGAUGCCAGCAAAUUGGAAAUAAAAAGAGAACAGAAAACUGCAACAAGUCCUCCAAUGUCUCCCAUCAGCCAGAAGCCAGCAGCAGAGAAGCUUACCAUAGUUGAAACUGUAGAAGAGCCUAAGGUAGCGUCAUCAGAGGGUAGCAAAUCCCCAAAUGCAGAGACAGCUCUCGAAGCCUUCAAGGCAUUCUUUACCCCUAAACCGCCCAAAAAGGACACCUCUGAUCCAGAAGCUGUGAAGAAGACCCUAAACAAAGACGUUAUCCAAGCUAUCUUUGACAGGAGCUCUAGCAAGUCUCCAGACAACAGGAACCUCUCUGAUUCCAAAUCUUACGAAAGUGAAGAAAGGACCCCGGGGCGGCUCCAGGCCGUCUGGCCCCCACCAAAGCCCAAAGACAAGGAGGAGAAGAUAGGACUGAAAUACACAGAGGCUGAGCACCAGGCAGCUCUUCUACAACUGAAGAGAGAGUGCAAGGAGGAGGUGGAAUCAUUAGAGGCUGACUUUAAGCUCCAGUUGUUCCGCUUGCGAGAGGAGAAUGCAGAAUCUCUGUCCAGACUGCAGGCAGCCAUUGCAGAACUGAAAGAGAAGGCCAAGCGUUCCCAUGGUGACCUUCGCGAUGUGGCUGUGUCCACAGAGGACAAUGUCACGCCUCGUGCCUUUCGCACCGUGUGCAUCCAGACAGACCGAGAAACCUUCAUCAAGCCUGUGGAGGAUGCAGAAUUGAGUAGUGGCCUUUGUCCGCAACCAAUUGUGCCUAAAAAACUUGAUCUCACUUCAAUUAAUCUUAGCCUUUCUGGCAAACAGCCUGAAGCCAAGCAAGGUCUGCCUCCUUCUCUUGCCCCGCCUCCGCCACCCCCACCCCCACCACCACCUUUACCUGUUCAGUCAGAAUCUGAAACCAACAGAGCCCCACCCCCUCCACCAUCAUUACCUGGUCACUGUGACGAUAAUGAUUUUUCCAAGCCUGACAAGUCUUUGGACAGACACCUGCCGCUUGAAAAAGGCGGUGGUCCACCCCCUCCACCACCACCUCCACCUAUGGCCGGAUGUGGUCUUCCUCCUCCACCUCCAACUAUAUCAAGCUCUGCCCCCUCUCCUCCAACUGGAGCCGGUUUAUUACUCUCUAAAGGUGAAGAGUGGCCGCAACGGAAGCCGAGAGUGGAGCCAGUUUGCCCAAUGAAACCACUCUACUGGACACGCAUACAGGUUCAAAACAACAGAAAUGAUACGCUGUGGAGCUCACUCAAGGAGCCAGCCAUAAUAAACACCAAUGAGUUCGCAGAGCUGUUCGCUAAGAUGUCCUCACCCGCUAAAAGGAAACCCCUUUCUGAGGCCUAUGAGAAGAAAGGCAAAGCUAAGAAGAUCAUUAAGUUAUUGGAUGGCAAGCGCUCUCAAGCAGUGGGCAUUCUAAUCUCAAGUCUCCAUCUGGAUAUGAAGGACAUACAACAGGCUGUUUUGAUGCUGGACAACUCUGUGGUUGACCUGGAUGCUAUUGAAGCCCUCUAUGAAAAUAGAGCUCAGCCUGAAGAACUGGAAAGAAUAAGAAAACACUAUGAAACCUCAGAUGAAGAGCAAGUCAAACUGUUGGACAAGCCUGAACGGUUCCUGUAUGAACUCUCCCGUAUUCCUGAAUUCUCUUUGAGAGCACACUGUAUCAUUCUCCAGUCAACAUUCGGUGACGCCAUUGCUUCUAUCAGGCGUAAAACAGAGAUAGUCCUCCAUGUGUGCAAGGAUCUGCUGGAGCGGGACAGUGUGAAGGAAGUGCUGGGACUGGUGCUAGCUCUGGGGAACUACAUGAAUGGAGGGAGCAGAACCCGAGGCCAGGCAGACGGCUUCGGCCUAGACGUUCUUCCCAAGCUCAAAGACGUUAAGAGCAGAGAUAAUCAGACAAGUUUGUUGGAUUAUGUGGUGUCCUAUUAUCUACAAAACCUUGAUGAGAAUGCUGGAACAGAAAACUGCAUCUUUCCAUUACCUGAGCCUCAAGAUGUCUUCCUUGCUGCCCAAGUUAAGUUUGAGGAUCUCAGCAAGGAGCUCCGGAAGUUGGGGAAAGACCUGGCGGCUUGCGAGAAGGAUGUCCAGAGCGUGUGCUCCAAAACAGCUCAGAUCUUCAUCCAUCCCUUCAAGGAGAAAAUGGAGGCUUUUAUAACAACUGCUCAAAAUGAACAAAUAGCAACUGAACACCAUCUAAUACGGGCUCAAAAAAGCUUCCGUGACCUGGUGGAAUACUUUGGGCUGAAGCCACGUUCUGGAGAGCAGGACAUCCUGCCUGGCCAUGUUUUUAUGCUCUGGUUUGAGUUCUGCAAUGACUUCAAGACCAGAUGGAAGAGGGAGAACAAGGUCAUCUCCAAAGAGAGACUGAAAGAAGCCCAGCAGUCAGUGCGUAACAUCACAGCAGAGAAGAAAGUGGAGACCAGGAGGGCCCAUGCAAAUGGCUUGAAGGAAAGACUGCGUCAGAAAGAAGCGAGUCUAGGCAGCACCUGAGACGUAACCAACUCUUCACACUAAUGCAAGGUUUACUUUACAUCAUUCACAAAUGGGAUUGGUGGCAGUUUUGAUCCAGGUAUUGUGGGAACUGCAUAUGGAUUGGAAAAGGACCGCUAUAUAUGAGGGUGCUCUGGAUUCAGCCGAUUACAGAAGGACAUUCACUCCACAGUUAUAAAAGUCAUGCUAUAAAACUGUGGUCAUUUAAGAUUCUUCCUAGAUUUACCCCAGGUAAAACUAAUCCAGCUCCAACAGAGCUAAAGGAUGGAGUUUAAGAACUCUGGCCUGCGCAUUAACAGGGGUGUAGCCAAGGAGUGGCCAGGGGCUGCUCUGUGAGCAUUAUAUGAAGUAGGCUAUGGGGAGAUGUGUUAACUCUUCAAAAUUACUUGACUUUAAUCAUUUGUCACACUAAUUAUUUUCAUGUGUAUGUCAGGUGCUAAGUGAAAUGCAGUCAUAUCAACACAGUCUAAAUUGUGUUUUUUGUUCAUUUUCUAAGUGUGAAUGAUUUAACACAUCCUCUUCAGGAAGCAAACUUAAUUGUGGCACUAUUUCUAUUUAUUUGCUGAG